AUGGCCAUCCUUGGUGGCAGCCUUGAUGACCAGUCCUUCAGUAGUGAGGACAGUUAUGACCACGUCUUCACAGACUCAGAGACCACCACAGUCAAAGGUGUGUACUUCCAGCGGGCUCAGCAGCUCCAAGGGCCAGACACCGUGGGUCUGCCCCUCAAUGCUUCCCGACAGGUUCUCAUCAAUGUGGGUGGCGUCCGGUACGCCUUCCCCUGGACCACCCUGGAGGAUUUCCCUCAGAGCCGUCUGAGUCGCCUGUGCUUCUGCACCACCUUAAAGGAGAUUGCAGAGGUUUGUGAUGACUAUGAUGAGACGCGACGUGAAUUCUUCUUUGACCGUGACCCUUUAGCCUUUCGAGCCAUCUUCAGCUAUUUGGCAAAAGGGAAGCUGCGUCUGCUGCAGGAGGUCUGCAACGUGGCUCUGCAUGGUGAGCUGCUGUACUGGGGCAUUGACACGGGGCAGAUGGAGCGCUGCUGCCGCCACCGCAUGAUGUCGUCUGUGGAGGAGGUGGCCGAGCACCAGCGCAAAGAGGAGAAGUGGCAGGAGAGGAGGAAGGUGCUGAGGGCUCCUGUUACGGGGGGCGGCCUGUUCCACAUGCUGGGCGAGGCGGUGGAGAAUCCUCACUCUGGGUUAGCAGGGAAAGUGUUUGCCCUCCUGUCCGUCAUCAUGGUGGUGGUCACUGUGGUCAGCCUGUGCAUCAGCACCAUGUCAGACCACAGGAAGAGGGAACAGGAACAGGAAGAGGCGGCGGGUGAAUGCUCCCAGAAGUGUCGCAACAUGUUUGUGGUGGAGUCAGUUUGUGUGGUCUGGUUCUCCUUUGAGUUUCUGGUGCGGUUUUUCCAUGCACAAAGUAAGCUGGAUUUUGCCUGUGGUCCACUCAACAUCAUCGACGCAGUUGCCAUCUUGCCCUACUACGUCUCUCUGUUUCUGGAGCUCAGGGGUAAGUCUGUGCAGGACGUCGUGGCUGUAGCAGGAAGGAGUACUCUGGAUAAACUGGGUCUAAUCCUACGUGUGAUGAGGGCCCUGCGCAUCCUGUAUGUGAUGAGGCUGGCGCGUCACUCUCUGGGUCUGCAGACUCUGGGGCUGACCAUCCAGCGCAGUAUGACGGACUUCGGGCUGCUGCUGCUCUUCAUGUGCAUCGCUGUAACUCUCUUCUCCCCGCUGGUCCAUCUUGCUGAGAGCGAGCUGGCCCCCAAUGCUGCCAGAUCCCCCCGGUUCAGCUUCAGCAGCAUCCCAGCAUCUUACUGGUGGUCCAUCAUCUCCGUGACGACAGUGGGGUACGGUGACAUGGUGCCGCGCAGCAUCCCCGGCCAGCUAGUGGCGCUGAUCAGCAUCUUGUCAGGGAUCCUCAUUCUGUCGUACCCUUCCACAUCGAUCUACCACACCUUCUACCACACCUACACCAGGCUGAAGGAGGAGCACAAGAGGGUGUGGAGGGAGCAGAGGGGGGCGGAGCUUGUCACUGAGGCCGAAGGAAGUAUUCUAACACGGUCCUUUACAAAGCUGCUCACUCACUACUGGGAGUGUGGGGUGAGUGUCACAGUUUGUGAACACAAGGUGGAACAAUUCAACCUGUCUGAGCAGGUGCAUCACACCUGGAAGUCAGACCUGGAGACACAGACCAAGCAGACAGAGGCCUCCUCUGUGCACACAACCCAGGAUGUUUGUCCUGAGGAGAGCCACUGA